AUGUCAUCGUAUCAGAAGGAACUGGAGAAAUACAGAGACAUAGAUGAAGAUGAGAUCCUAAAGACCUUGAGCCCCGAGGAGCUGGAGCAGCUGGACUGCGAGCUACAGGAGAUGGACCCCGAGAACAUGCUCCUGCCCGCUGGACUAAGACAACGUGACCAGACAAAGAAGAGCCCAACGGGGCCACUGGACCGGGAUGCCCUUUUGCAGUAUCUGGAACAGCAGGCACUAGAGGUCAAAGAACGUGAUGACUUGGUGCCCUUCACAGGCGAGAAGAAGGGGAAACCCUACAUUCAGCCCAAGAGGGAAAUUCCUGCACAGGAGCAGAUCACUCUGGAGCCUGAACUGGAAGAGGCAUUGGCCCAUGCCACAGACGCCGAAAUGUGUGAUAUUGCAGCAAUUCUGGACAUGUACACACUGAUGAGCAACAAGCAAUACUAUGACGCCAUCUGCAGUGGAGAAAUCUGCAACACCGAAGGCAUUAGCAGUGUGGUGCAGCCUGACAAGUACAAGCCGGUGCCGGAUGAGCCCCCAAAUCCCACAAACAUCGAGGAGAUACUAAAGAGCGUUCGAAACAAUGACAAGGAGCUGGAGGAGGUGAACCUCAAUAACAUACAGGACAUCCCGAUACCCAUGCUAACUGAGUUGUGUGAGGCCAUGAAGACAAAUACCUAUGUCCGGAGCCUCAGUCUGGUGGCCACAAGGAGUGGUGACCCCAUCGCCAAUGCGGUGGCUGACAUGUUGCGUGAGAAUCGUAGCCUCCAGAGCCUGAACAUUGAAUCCAACUUCAUUAGCAGCACAGGGCUCAUGGCUGUGCUGAAGGCAGUUCGGGAAAAUGCCACACUCACUGAGCUCCGUGUAGACAACCAGCGCCAGUGGCCUGGCGAUGCAGUGGAGAUGGAGAUGGCCACCGUGCUCGAGCAGUGUCCCUCCAUUGUCCGCUUUGGCUACCACUUCACACAGCAGGGGCCACGUGCUCGGGCAGCCCAGGCCAUGACCCGGAACAAUGAACUACGUCGCCAGCAAAAAAAGAGAUAA